CAUUUUUCCUUGCAGUGAGAUAAUAGUUAGACGAUAGAACGAGAAUUACAAUCAUUUGUCGGCCUCAGAUGAGGAACACAUUUCUACACGUUUGGCACAAAACAACCAAAAUUGUAAACUGAUGAAAUGACAAAUCAUGAAAUGUCCGACACCUGCUGGCAGAUGCAAGACGUCAACAAUAUAAUUUCAUUUUUGGGUAGUAUUUGCUGUUAGUGUCAGAGUUAUUGGCUGUUGGCCUCAUUGCGAAUACAUCUUAUACAUUUUUGGAUCUCCGUAGCAAGCAAAAGGUUAAACGGGUACUUCCUCUCCUUUCCCCGGCUUUUGCUUUUAAAACAUCUUUUUAUGUCGAUCUAAACUGGAACAAAUCCUAAAUGCACUCGGACAUAAAAAGCCUUGGAGCUGCAGGGGUUUAAAAGUGUCAUUGUCCUCCUGCUGUGUAGUGUUGGCUGCAGUAGCUCCGUGUUAUAGAAAUGCUGGUUUUGUUGAAGUGAGCCGCUGCAUGCUGCGCUGGAGUUGCCUGGUUUCAGUUGCCUGUGUUUGUGUGUUACCUACCUGAAGUGCUGCUGUGCCCCUUUUAAGGGAUAAAUAAAUGUAUAACAGCCUCUACUGACCCCAUGUCUACUCACAUGUUUUAUAAUGCACCCUUGUGAAGAGAGAGGACACCUCACUGCAGGUUUUCUAGACUCUCAGCCUCUGAGGGAGGCUGAUGAGGAUUUGGCGUCAGAAGUCAGCCUGAACAACUCCAACAUGACCGAGGAGGAGAGAGAAGAGAUUCUGCAGGAGAUGACUAAACUGGAAGAAGAGAUCAGCACACUGAAGCAGGUCCUGUUGUCCAAGGAGAAGCAGCACGCGGAGCUCAAACAGAAGCUGGGCAUCACUCCUCUCAGCGAGUUCAGGAACAACUUCAGCAGAGGCUGGCAGGACAUGCAGAGCUCCACGGCAUACAAGAAGACAUCAGAGACGCUGUCUACCGCGGGACAGAAAACCUCAGCUGCCUUCAGUAACUUCGGGAGCGCCAUCACCAGGAAGUUCGGAGACAUGAGAUCCAACUCAAUAGGAUACUCUGUCAGGCAUUCUGUGAGCAUGCCUACCAUGAGAAACUCACCCAGCUUCAGAUCCUUUGAAGAGAAAGUUGAAAAUACAGUUUCCACCAUUAAGACUAAAGUUGGAGGCACUGGGACCGGAGGCAGCUUCGAGGAAGUCCUCUCGUCUGCAGCCAACGCCAGCUCUCAGGAAACGCCCACCAACAACCUGACGGACAUCUCCGAGAAACCCUGUUAGGGCUCCGGACCGCCGUCUUGCUGUGUCACAGCACAUUGUUGUGGAUCUACUAGAAUUUCUGACCAAAGCGGAAAGCGGUGUUUUUGAUUUGCAGACAAAUCUCGUGUAAAUCCUGUGAGUCCAACGAAACUCCUGGCAACGCCACGUUAUUUAGGCUUGGCUAAAACACCUUUGUUUUUAAUUUGGAAAAUCAAGGUGGCUGAUUUUUAAAAGCAUUUGAAAUCUCAUGAGGUAAACAAUGAACUUUGAACAUUGAUCAUAGUCCACUUUUCAGCUCUUGCUGUGGAAAAGAUUGUUCUAAAAUUGAACAGAGGAUCAAUCUGACACUAGUAAAACAGCUCCAUCCAUCUUCAGUCUGCUGCACUAUAAGUAAUUCUUCACGUUUUACUUGAACAGUUUUAUCCACUAAAACAGGGAGAAGCUUUCAGUCACAGAUGAUGUUACACUACCAAACCUACAGAAGGCUGUUAAGAAGUAAAAUGUCUUGCAUGUUACAGUGUCCCAUUCACUUUGUUACAUGUUAAACACUGAUAAAACAUCUGUGUAUGUGUGUCGUGUG